GACAUGAUGUGGCUCAGAAACAGGUUCCAGGUCGAUCGGGUCCUGAGCCACAUAGAUUUAACAUGUGGCAGCCACAUAAUUUAACCUGUUUCUGAGUCACAUAAAUUUACCCUGCACUGGCCGGCGUCAGCAGCUAGGUCAAUACCCUGCAAAUGCAAGCGUUCCGUUACCUCUAGUCCAGGUCCGCACUGCCGCUACAGUGUGCUAGCUGAGUCUUGGGGUGUGCUGAAUCUCUAUUCGACCUGCCUGCGAGCCAUUCUAGUAGUAUUCUUCUUCGAGAUGUACGCUACCAUGAGAGAUCUCUUGGGUUUCCUGAUCGGAGCAGCCGCCGCCGCGGCGUGUACUGUGCUGCUACUGCCGCCUUCUCCGUGCCCGUGCGGCGUCGCGCUGCCGGCGAAUCAAGAGCUGACAAGCUUGGGUAAUGGGACUCAAACUGACCCCGGCAGCAUCAAGAAGCUUUACGUGGCCGGUACUUCAGCUGAAGACAACCUCCCGGAGCUGCUGGGGAGAGCAGCCAUGGAGAACAAGACCGUCAUAAUGACCCUCACGAACGAAGCGUGGGCGGCUCCCGGCUCGCUCCUGGACCUCUUCCUGGAGAGCUUCCGUAUAGGCAUAAGGACGGAGCCCCUGCUGAAGCAUCUGGUCAUCGUCGCCAUCGACGCCAAGGCGUUCGAGCGGUGCCAACUCGUGCACCCGCUCUGCUACUCCCUCGCCGUAGACGGCAGCAACUUCGCGUCGGAGCAGCCGUACAUGGCCAAGGACUACCUAGACAUGAUGUGGCUCAGAAACAGGUUCCAGGUCCGGGUCCUGGAGCUCGGCUACACCUUCGUCUUCACGGACGUGGACAUCGUCUGGUUCCGCAACCCGCUGCUGCGCAUCCCGGUGGGCGCGGACUUCGCCAUGUCCUGCGACAAGUUCUACGGCAACAACCCGUACGACCUGGACAAGCGGGCCAACGGCGGGUUCGUGUACGCCAAGGCGAGCGCGAGGACGGUCGCGUUCUACGGGGGCUGGUACGAGGCGCGGAAGGCGUACCCGGGCCAGCACGAGCAGUUCGUGUUCGACCAGGUGAAGCGCGCGCUGGCGGCGCGGCACGGCGUGCGGGUGCAGUUCGUGGACACGGCCUACCUCGGCGGGUUCUGCCAGCCCCGGAAGGACUUCCGCAAGCUGUGCACGUUCCACGCCAACUGCCUCGUCGGGCUCAAGACGAAGCUGAAGAAGCUCCGCGGCGUCCUCGACAAGUGGAAGCGGUUCAAGGCCGCGCUUACGGACUGAGCAUCGAUCAGUGUCGAUGUAAGAGCACGGUUAUGUCCUUUCCAGAGGACGUGGCGUGUUCAUUUUAAUGCAAGUCACUACUUUAAGCCCUAACUAGAAA